UGCAGCCUGCAGCAGCUCUCACUCAGCUCCCAUUGAACAGCAGUGGACACAUUCACAGCUACUGGAACAGUUGUUGUUGUUGUCGUUGUUGUUGUUGGAGACUCUGCAGAUCCAGGCAGACAGACAUGUUACCAAAGGCUCGUCUGGGGAAGCGUUCCCCUUUCGGGGCGUUGGUGAGCUCCACCUGCCCGGCGGCGGGAACCCAGACCGGUCAGGAGACCGGUCAGGAGACCGGCGAGACAGCGGCAGGACAGCAGGCCUGCAGCAGAGUCAAAGGUCAUCCCGGGCUGAAGGUGUAUUUUCAGUGUGGAGGAGGAGGUGAAGCUCCAGGUGUGGUGGAUCAGCUGGACCUCAUGCAGACUGACGUUUCUGUCUGGUCUUCAUCUCAUCCUUCCUCCUCCUCCUCCUCCUCCUCAGCGCCUCCGCCCCGCAGCAGAUUCGUCUCCUCCUGCAUCGACGUCCCCAGAAGUCAGAGGAGUCCGGAGGAGGUGGAGAUGGACGAGCUGAUGGCAGCGAUGGUUCUCAGCAGUUUGUCCUGCAGUCCUCUGCUGCACAGCCCCGCCCACCCAGACGCAACAGCUCCUCCGAUGGACUGUGGAGGCGGCGAGCUCUCCGACAGCGGCAGCAGCGGCUACUGGAGCGUCGGCCAUAGAAACAGAAGCCCCACCCCCUCUCCACCAAUCGCAGAGCCCAACGCCAGCCCGGCCGUGCCCCCUGACGAAGGACUGGACAUGGAACUGGAGCAGGUGCUGUUCGACGAGCCGGCGCCACGUAAGCGCAGGAACUCAGUGAAGGCGGCUUACAGGUGUCUGUGGCCGAGCUGCGGGAAAGUGCUGACGUCCGUGGUGGGAAUAAAACGUCACAUCCGGACAACACACCUGUGCCGCAGCAGCGAACACGAGCGUUGUUCCCGCAGCGAGGAGGAUUUUUACUACACUGAGAUUAACCGACGGCAGCAGCAGUCUCCUCCCCCUCCGCUCCUCUGUGACCCCGCCCCCCUCUCCUCCUCCCCCGCCUCGUCCCCGUCCUCCUCCUCACCUCCCAGCCCUCCCCCUCCCUCCCCUCCGUCUCCCCCCCUUCAAGCCUUUGCCGCUCUGAGUCGCUCCGCCCCCUCCUCCUCCAUCAGCCUACUGCAGGUCCAAUCAGAGCACUCCUACCAGGCUCCACCUCCCGGUCAUGUGAUAUCAGCAGCACCUGCGAACACACCCUCCUGUCCUCCGGUGGCCCCGCCCACCAGCUGCCUCAAACAGGGUUUGGCUUUUCGAGUGCGUUCGGUCAGCGUAGGAGAGCAGUGGCUGCAGCAUCAGAGCGCCCCCUGCAGGAGGAUUCGCGGUGAAGCCAAGAAGUGCAGGAAGGUUUACGGCAUCGAGCACAGAGACCAGUGGUGUACGGCGUGCCGCUGGAAGAAAGCCUGCCAACGCUUCCUCGACUGAACACAGGAAGAACGCGGACUGAAGGACGGGCUGCGAACUUCAGCCUCACCUGGUGGAUGUUUUCUAUUUUCUUACGUCUGAAACCAGAAAUAUUUUUUGUUUUUGUACUCUUUCUACUUUUUGUUGUUUUUAAUGUAUUUUGUAGAUGUUGUUUCCUGUCGGUGCUUUUUUUCAUGACCAUGUUGAGGCAGCUAUGAUGUGACUUUUGACCUUGACGCAGCCAAGAGAGUUCGUUUUUGCGUCCGGCCCGACUCUCCUCAGCUGUUCUUAACAAAAAAAAUAAAAAAUAAAAAAGACAGCAUUCGCUAACCGUGGAAACUCUCAGUGCUGACUGAACACCAGCUUUUAUUCAGAUUUAUGGAUCAAAACACGAGUCACCUUUUCCUACGGGAGCCCAACAAGGACAAAAAGACUGUGUUCCUGUCAAAAAGAAGUUUGUAACUCUCUUUGUAACCCUCUGUAACUCUUCCAACAAGCUGCGGGUCGUUUGUUAUCAGCAUAAAUGAUGAGAACGAAAUGAUUCAUGUUCUUCUAGUGAAAGUGUCUCCCAGUAUUUCUUCACCUGAACAAUAUGAGGCACCUUAGUGACUAAAACGUUUUUUUAAUCUGUAAAUAAAAAAGGAAGCAGGUGCUGGUUUACUGAGCACAUCUGGAAAAUUACAUCCACCUGUUUGAUUUAAGCUCGUCCAGCGUCUCGUCGACAACACGUUCUCACUCCCGACUCGUCACAUAUUGACGCUUGGUCGAGGCCCUUUGGCGUCACUUUUUAACGCCCUGGGUGCCCCGUUAGCAUCAUUUCUAGACGUUUAAGGCUCCGCGGUCAAGUUAGCAACGCUUAGCAACAACAAAUAUGCAACGUCCGGUUAGACUUUGAAAAUAAAACACUAGCAUUACGAAACAUUGCUAUUUUGAAACGGCGCGUUAUUAAAGUUGUGAAACGUUUCAGUUUGGUUAGGUUUAGGCACAAAAACUACUUGGUUAAGGUUCAGAAAAGAUCACGGUUUUGGUUAAAAUAACUACGAACGUCAGUAAAUUGCAUUUACGUGUUGUAAACGCAAUUUACGUAACUUAAAUAAAAAUAUUUAAUGUUGACUUUUUGUUUCACACGGGACAAAGUCCAUGUUCUGGCCCUCCAUCCACCUCAAGCUCCUCCUCACUCAGUCUUUUCUGUUAAAUAUCAUUUACCUGCCUUUACCGUCAAAAGCUGAAGCUACGGGGCUUCCCCACACUGCGCUGAAGUAUGGCGCUACAGGGAUCCACAGUGCGUUACAAACUGACGCCGAUGGGUCUGGACCAUGCGUCCAUAUGUGACGAGUAGAGAACGGGUUGGUUGAAUAUAAAGAACUGACUCAGGAGCAGAUUUGAAUCCCGACACACCAAACUGGCCGCCAGGCGCUGCUGAGUCUCUCUUUUUUCAUUAUUGCGGUGUUUACCGCAUUUUGCACUAAUCGUCCCUUAUUGGAGGCCGAGCUAACGAUUCAGUUCUGGUGUGUUCUACGGAAGCCCUAAGAGGCCAUUCACUCAUACAUUCUUUUUACUCCAUUUAAGAUAAUGGGAUGAUUUUCUCGAGAUAACGUAUCUUUGUUUUCCCGUGAUAGUGACAUCCGAGAUCUCGAGAAAACACGACGACAGUCUAGUAGAGGGUUAGCUGAGUUGGUAAAGCACGAGACUCUCAAUGUAAAGGUUGUGUGUUUACGACAUUUACGUCACAAGAACCUUUGAGGUGUAAUUUGUGUCUCCAGAAAUACGAGGGAUCCCAUCCGGACCCUCGUCUGAGGUCGAGGUUAAAAAACUCGUCGUGUUUCUGCACGAACACAAAACCAGGAUCUUUGUAGAACCUGAACUCAGAGCUGAGGGUCUGAACAGAACCAGAACACAGUCUCAUGAUGCUGAAGUUGUAAGAUCUGGGCCUGUAUUUAUCAAGUAUCUCAGAAUUACUCAAAAGAACACGGCUAAGAACUGACGUAAGAGUAAAAAAAGUCUUGGCUCAAAGCUGCGCGCAAAGUUGGUUAUCAAGCCUCAUAGUCCUAAAUUGAGUGAAGUGUAGGACAAAAUCUUAAGUGUCAGUCUGACAGCUGAUUCACGACACUUUGCUGUGGCGCAAACAGGAUUUUGGAUGACGCUGUAUGCAAGGACCAAUCGCUGAAGAGAUUUCCUUAUUUAAGAAUAUUCUCAGAUAAAUUCACUCUGAAUGGUGAAACUUUACGUUAAGUUUACGUUCAACACACAUUUGACUAUUAAGAAUUUUUAAGAGAAUAUAUUAUGUACAUAGGCACAUUGGAAAAAAGUUCAUCUUUACAUGAGCGCCAUCAAUUAAUUGUGUGUUGUCAAAUAAUUCAGAAACAUUCUUCCUCUGUCCAUCACAGGCCCCUGCUCCUCACGUCCUGAGAGGCCUCUGGAGCUUCUUAAAUACCUGGCAGAGGGAGAGAGAUUCUCAGCUUUAAGACAUUUGAUAACUUGCUUUUAUUCUGAAGUUUGAAAGUCGGAGUAAAUUUCAUGAGUUCUCAGCACUUUAGACUAAAAUGGCACUUUGAGAAGCUUGAUACAUACCAGCCCAGAUAUUUUGGUGGGAAACUAAUGAAAUAAGAUGUCAGAGAACAUUUUCCUCAUCAUGUUAAAAGAAAUACUGCUUCCUCCUGAACAUUGUGUGGCUGCAGAUUAGUUGUAUAUAAAUGUUCUACCAACCGUUUCUGCAUCGAUGUAUUUAAGAUGAUCCGUUAUUGAUUAUCGUUAUCGUGGUUCUGUGUUAAAUGUCCUCGUCCUCCUAGGGACUAAAAGCCAGGAUUGUUCCUCCCACCUAAAGAAGUGCAGCACUCAAUCAAUUUUUUUUUUUCUCCCCCUUUCCAUUUAUUUUGUUAAAUGAAAGUUCGUCUUUUCACAGCUGACCUGUGGAGACAGUUAAAGGGGCGGGAAAGCAGAACUUUCCUCCCAUCAGUCACCUCUUCAGUCCCAGUUCAACAGUGGCUGUUUAAACAGAGAAUGACAAAAUAAUAAUAACAUCUGUAAUAAUGUAAAAUAUGCGCUUAUAAGUGCUUACAGCUACAUUAUAGUGUUAUAAACCAUUUACCAUGUUUAGAUUCAGCUUUAAGGCGGCAAACAGGUCACUGUUACAGACUGUGGUGCGUUCAAGUGCAACAUUAAGACGUUUGACAGAUCCACACUGAUUUUCUAUUUUAAAGUCAUCUCAGCUGCGACCUAUCAGACUGUAAAUAUGCUGCUCUUUUUGAUCAGCCCUUUCUUCACGUGAGCUUCCGUUCAGUUGUUCAUGUUUGGAAACAGAAGCCAUUUUCUCAUGCAGUAUUCAUCAAGAGGUCUGUUUACCUUCCAGUAUCAAUACACAGUGUUUUACACUGAAAUAUAAAUGUCUAAUUAAAUAUCUUCUUCUCCCUGGUGUUUAAAUAUAUAUAUACACAGAUAUAUAAAUACCAGGCCUGUGUAUCCGAUAACUCUUCCUGAAAGGUUUUUAAAUGUCCAGAUUUCUUUGCGGUAAAGUGAGACAAAGACUCUUCUGUAUUUAUAUUCUCUAUGUGUCCUGUUUGUUUAUGAGCAAGUCAAUGAUUUGUUUGUAAUCAUAUCACUUCUCAGAUGCACUCUUUUAUACACGAUCCUGAUGUUUGAAUAAACUGUAAAAGUUGA